AUGAAACUAACACCAUUACUUAGACAAUUAGAACAGAAAUCUCUUUAUAACGAUUUAUUGGUAAAUUAUAUAAAUGGCAAUCAGAGUAUUAUAAAGUCUACAGUCUUUCAAGGAAAUCUUUAUGAGCAUGCCGUAAUGAGAGAAUUACAUGAAAAAUUGUUUAUGGGUAACUUGAGCAAAGUCGGUGGUGCUCAUGAUGGCGGAGUUGAUAUAACAGCAAAAUGGAAUUUAAAUAAAAUUUAUUCAACCGUUCGGAAAGAAGUUGAUUUAGCCACCAUGUAUCCACCAGAAAAUAUUCCUAAAAGAAUCAAACUCAAGUCAAGGAUGAUAAAUCCAAUUAUUCAUAAGUUGUCAAGAGGUGAAGAUGUAGAAUUUGAUGUGCUAAUUCAAUGCAAGGCAUUCAAUAAAUCUAAAGUUGCACCAAAGGAGUUUAGAGAACUCAUUGGUACGUAUAAUACUCUAGUAUCACCCAAGAAAAGGAACUCAUCAAUAAUGAUAAUGUGCUCACCACAUUUGUUAACCCCUGAUGGAUUAAAAUUAAUUAACAGCAUCGAUAUGUCACUGAUAUAUUUAAGAAUUAGUCAAAUUACACAAACCAGUGAUAAAUCGUUCGAUAUCUCUCAUAGUGGUAAGCUAUUAAAUUACUAUGAAAAUGAUACUAUAAAUAAAUUAUUUAAAGGUUGUGGAAUCCAAGAAUUUUUGAAAUUAAGCUUAUAUAAUAAGUAA